AUGGCAUACUACCGAGCUUGCCUUUCCAUCCCAAAAGGGCCUUUAGCUGCCGGGCGGACAAGUUUUGUUGCGACCCGAUUCUUGCGACUACCAGUACUAUUCUGCCAGCGAUGGCAGAGCACAACCUCCGACAACACGCGACCGGAUGACGACUCUCACGAAACCGCAGACCUGUCGCAUUUGAACCCCGAACCUGAAGAUUACUCGCGCUUUAUUUUUCAAGACAAAUGCCAUGUGACUAUGUUUGCCGGAGCCGGCGGUAACGGAUGUGCUGCAUACCUCCGAGAGAAAUACGUCGAAGAAGGACCACCGAACGGAGGCGACGGCGGCAGCGGAGGAGGUCUUUACAUCCAAGCCGUUGAGGGCUUGACCAGUCUACACAAACUUGCCCGCAGGGGCGUCAUCAAAGCAGGCAGAGGCAAAAAUGGACAAGGCAAAAGCAAAGGAGGCAAGCGGGGUGACGAUGUCCUCAUCCAGGUACCCAUCGGCACUGUAGUGCGCGAGGUAGAUCGCUACGAUCCCGUGACAGAGGAGCUGGCUCGCCUGAAAAAGAGUCGAGAAGAACCUUUGCCAGUGGAUGAAGACGGCGAGGUUAUUGAUUUCCAGCCAGUUCGCCAUGAUCGCUGGGUUCUUCACCCCGGUGCGAAUCCUGCUGAUUUCCUGACUGUGCAAUUCCCUCGUCUUAAGCCCCGGAGGCAGGCGAUCGCAGCUAUGGAACCUCAGGCACCUAUUUAUCUCGAUCUGUCGCAGCCGAUGGAUAAGCCGAUGCUCUUGGCUGCGGGCGGUGCUGGUGGAUUGGGCAAUCCGCAUUUCGUGACCCGGUCGAUGGGAAGACCGAAGUUUGCAUCCCGUGGCGAGGGCGGAAUGAAGCUUGAGCUUGAUUUUGAGCUCAAGUUACUUGCAGAUGUUGGUCUUGUGGGCAAGCCCAAUGCUGGGAAAAGUACGCUCCUUCGGUCAUUGACGAACAGUCGCACGCGGAUCGGAAACUGGGAAUUCACGACUUUAUCCCCUUCCAUCGGCACAGUGAUCAUCGAUGACAACAGAGGUCGUCCGCUCGUCGAAUCGAAGAGAAAGCGCACCCACUUCACAAUUGCUGACAUUCCAGGUCUGGUGGAGGGCGCUCAUCUCGACCGCGGCCUAGGUCUUGGAUUCCUUCGACACAUUGACCGUGCGGGCAUCUUGGCUUUUGUGCUUGAUCUCAGCAAUGGUAAUCCAGUCGAAGAGCUGCGGAAGCUCUGGCAUGAACUUGGGGAAUAUGAGCGAAUGCGCAACAGUACACCCGAGCCUACCUCGGAGAAAACACAAGGGGUGAUCGAUUGGGAUGCUUCAGGGCCAGACCAUUCGGACGACGAGUCAAUGAGCCGACCGCUCAACUACCCGUCCACUGGAUCUCUACCUCCCCUCACCAUGCCUCCUCUCCACACCAAACCAUGGUUUGUUGUGGCGACAAAGGCUGAUUUGGAACACACCCAGGACCAGUAUCGGGCACUACAAGAGUACCUCUCUGCUGUACAGAAUGGCACCGAGGAACAUCCUUCGGGCCAUCAGGAUGGAUGGAAAGAAAAGUUGACUGCAGUCCCAGUCAGUGCCAUCAAAGGCCAAGGAGUUUCUCGCAUUCCGAAACUGGUGAUGGAGUUUUUGGAGUGA